GCGCGGCUCGCUAGUGUGUCGGCCGCAGGCUCGCAGGUCAUAGUACAGUAGUGUAGUGCGGCGUCGCCUGGCGACUGGCGACGCAGCGGCAGCGCGGACCGCACGCUGCCCGAUAUCCACUCGCGCACUACAUUAUCGGGAGGCAGUGACUACUACUCUGACGCAAGUAGUACUCGAGCGCGGAUGUUGCUAUCUGUAGACUGUAGCGGCUUCCGCGAACGCCUCCACUCCGCCACAUGGCGACGCAGUGCAGUUCGUGUUUACUUUAGAUAUAAAUAGGACGUCUGCUCCGGUAUACACAGCAUUAUUUAGAAAGUGUUUCAAAUAGCUUAAGUAGCUUCCUCGUUCAGCUAGUUGAAAUGAAAUGAAAUGAAAUGAAAUUUAUUGCGAUGAAUGUGAUGCACGGUGGCAUGUUGGGGGGCGUGGUGUGGCGGCGGGCGGGGCGGGCGGCGCGGUCGCGGGCGCGGGCGGCGCUGGCCGUGUGCGGCGGCGCGGCGCUGCUGGCGUGCUGGCGGCUGUCCGCGCCCGCCGCCGCGCGCGUCAGCACCGACGCCGACUUCAGCGGCGCGCGGCCCGCCGCCCUCGCGCACCUGCUCGCCGACUUCUCCGCGCACCCGCUGCCCGAACGUGGAGCGUGGUCUGUGGAGCAGGAGUUCAGUAAUUACACGUCGUGGCGGUACACGGUGACGUACGAGUGCGGCGCGCGCUGCUCGGCGCGAGCCACCGUGGAGGCGCACGACGAGUCGCAGCCGGCGCGUGCGCCGCAGCACGGCAGCGGCGGCGGCGGCGGCGGCGGCGACGCACACCGUGUUCGCGUCCGCCACUCCUACUGCACCAGCUUGCCGAUGCUGCCCUGGCCGCAACUAUGCGGCGAAAUCGAUACAGAGACGCUGGUGACGAGCGGGGCGGGCGGGCGCGGCGCGCGGCUGCGCGAGCACGCGAGCGCGCGGUGCGUGGGCGCGGCCGCCGCCGCCGCCGCCGCCGCGCUGCUCACCGGCUGCGGCGACGAGCGCGGCCUGCGCGCGCGCCGCCGGCUGCACCUGCACCACCUGCGCCUCGCGCUCGCGCACGCGCACACACACGCGCACCCGCACACCACCGGGGACCGUCUCAAUUUCAGCUAAUUAUCUAUUGUGACGGAAUAAAUGAUAUAAUGAAGCGC